AACAUCGGGGUAUCUAUCUUUCUACAACUUCUCAAUCGAUCAAUACUCAAGCCUUUCUUAGCGGAAUUGGUCUAAAUUGCUGAACCAAAUCUGGUAUUUCUGAACGAUUAACAUUUGUUUUCAGGUUUAAUUUAUUUCAAACUGAUCUGUUCCUUGUGGUGGUUCAAUCUUCAAAUUUUAACAACUGAAAUUAAAAACACACUUGAUUGGCAUGUUCAUUUUACAGUGGUCGAAAUAACACUCAACUUUUAAUUUUCACUCAACAUUUUCAGCCGAUUCUUUUUUUUGAUCAUGUCCAUCUAUCGUUUUGGAUUGCAAAGUGUCAGCAAUUAGAAAUCAGAGCUUUUGCCACUUCAAUGAACCUAUUUUGUUUCCAAAAUAUAUAUGCCAAAAUCUGCUAAAUAUAUUUUCCCUUUUGGAUUUUUCUCUCAGUAUUUAUACAAAAUACUUGACUCCAAUUUUGAUCAAUCAAAUUCUCAUUCAUGCAGCAAUGUAGCAUAAUAUUUUUCACUUUUCAGUUUUUCUAUUAAAAACCUAUUCUGAUUGGUUAAUUUUAUGAUUGGAUCUUUUCGUCAUACUCAAUUUACUACUGUCCAUCGCUUUUUUACCAGACUGAAUCUGCUGGUAUAUGAGUACAUGUGAAUACAUUUCCCCUUAUUCUUACGGACCACCACACCAAUCCCUACCUUGUCAAUAUUCAUUAUUUAACUCGGACGCUGAAGUGCGUGUUUAAAGACGUCUGCAGCCGUUUUAAAUGCAUUUUGUAGACAGUUAUCUUACGUAUCCAUUAACAAAGCGAGUCAACUAAAAAAAUCAGCAGACAUUUUUGAAGAUCCAAUUAUUUAUUUUGCAUUUCCAGAUCUUGGAAUUAAAUUUUAAUUGGCGUUUUUUCGGCAUGCUCCGAGACGUUUUGAAAGGUUUAUGUUGACUGUUUGUUUAUUUAUCUGCCAUUUGUGUUCCAAUUUAAUGGGACUUCAUGACACCGAGGGUAGCAAAAACGUCUAAUUCGAUCAAUUCUUCAUUCACUUUCCAAUUCAAUUUUCAUUUUUGCCCGCUGAGGUUUUGCCCAGCUUAGUUGAUGCUCAUUUUCUAUCUAAUUCCGCGUAAACCCGCCUGUUAAUGCGCUUUCAAAUCUCCUUUUAGCCAUCUUCUCUGAUUUUUUUGACAUUUCCAGCCGAAAUUCUCAAAUUUCACUUCCUCUGCGAGUUUUUCCAAUUUCCUCCCAUAUUUUCAUCCCCCAGGUAGUCGUGUAGUCUUCUCAGAUCGACUUGAAUUUGAGCUGGCAUCAUAAAUUGAUUUCUCUGCUUGUAUUUUCUGAUAGAAAUUUGAAAUUUAGACCCCAGGCAUCAAAAAGUCAUCAGGGCAAGAAACGAAUAGAAACACGUCUGGUUUAGUUGACCAUUUAGCCCAAAUAAUCAAAUUCAAAUCAAAGUCUGCCCUCAAAAUUACCCUGGCGGGCUGGAAAAAAGUAGAAUGAAGAACAAGAAAGAGAACAUAUUUUGCAUAUAAUUCAACUUUCAACUCUGCCAUUUUUUCGCCACAUAAACUUUCCCAAUUGCUGAAGUGUGGAAAUUUAUUUCAUUUAAUUAUUUUCAAGCGACUUGCCCCGAAUUUCGAAAAUUGCUCGCUUGGUAUUCCAAGCCUAUACCACAGGACUAGUUGGGAAAUAAAAGUAACCAUAUUUUACGCCUAGCUGAACUUCAAAGCCACUUUUAUUUUUGAUCAUCAAAUUCAGUUGUUCAAAUCAGCCUCUUUUUUGUUGAUAUUGAUGCGAGCUGAGGACUGUGGUUUAUCAAUUAUUCAGACCACUAGCUUCACAGUCAAACCGUGCAACAAUUUUCAUGGAUUUCAUCAUUCUUGAAAUCAACGGUCAAGAUGUGAGCAAGCUAGACGAGGCGAGGGCAGGUCACAUCUUCAUGCAGGCAGAGGAACCCAUUUCGGUCAAGGUCAAACGAAGGGGCAGUAACACACCCAGCGACACUCAAGCAAACAGCCAACAGACGAACAGCCACCUCAAUGCAUGCAAUAAUGACAGCAGUGCUUCCGAACAACACUCGGAAAACGACCUUCUUUCACCCCUCGACCCGACAACUGAAGCAAACUUUCCGCCGAAAAAUGUGUGCACCGAGUGUCAGAAACGAUUUGUGGCGAAUAAGAAGUCGGUGUCGAUUCAGACCGAGGAUGGACAAUUUGAGGAAGGCGGGGUUGUUGUUUCGGGAGGGGGGAGUGGAGCGGAAAUAUGGAUAAGGGAUGCUUCAGUAUUGCAGGGUCACAAGCAAUCCAAUUAUGGAGACGUCGGGUAUAAGGACCUGAUGAGUCAUGAGGACGUGUAUGGGACCCUGGAUGAAUUGGACGAGCUGGAGUUGGCGGACGAGGAAGCCAUCUACGAAGACCUCUACAACCACAUCAUGCCCCUGCCCGCUCCCUUCAAUCUGGUCGAAUACGAGGAUGUGAUCAUUCCCAAGACAGGCAACAAAUUGGGAAUGACUUUGUGCCAUGGAAACGACGACAUUUUUGGCGUGUUCAUUUCCGCACUGGAACCGAAUGGAGUGGCAGCCAGGACUGGAUCGCUCCAGAUUGGAGACCAGAUUCUACAGAUCAACGAGAGUUUGAUUGAGACUAAGGAGCAGGCAUUGGUCCUCUUCAACUCAGUGAAGACAGCCGAUAUCAAAGUCACCGUUGCCAGAUCCAAACAACAGAUGUAUGAGGAGAUUUUAUUCACGGACGACCCCUCGAGUCCCGUCUCCUGUUCACUCUUCCCUAUCAUGGAGGCCAAGUCAUCCGACAACAACAACAGUCGCAACGCCAGCAGCGCCUGCCCCUCCCCCAGAGUGCCCAACUCCCCCUCGGGACAACACCUGCACAAGAUACUGCACCCCCAGAACAACAACAUAACCAAUGCCCCGUCACCCACGCCUCCCGAAGUACCCGAAAGGUACCCUAGUCCCACGAAGGGUCUAGUCUCCAACAAAAACGAAAGUUCAACUGCAGUAACCAAACCACAAAAUAAAACAGACUCAUCUCAUAUUGACAAGCUGAACUCUGCAGUAAAUGAGUAUCCAGAAAUUUCCAGAAUUACAAAACCUCAAAAAGAAGAUAUUUGCACCCAAGUGGGCAGUAAAGAAACUCAGCAGGGUUCAAGCCCGGUCAAAAAAUUGGGUGCGGGUAAAUUGCAACCACAAACGAGGAAUAUGGGACUGGGAGACGUACCGGUGCAGAGUUGUCGUAGAUCGCAGUCGAAACAGAAUUUGCUCGUGUCGACCGAGCGCUUCGACAGCUCUGGGUACUGUAGUUCGAACCUCAAUAGUCCCAAAAUGCUUAGUAAACUUAGCCAUUCGCCCUCAAUUGCAAGUUCAAUCGCACAACACGGUAAACAGUACAGAAGUUACUUGAAGUUAAUUAAAUUAAAGGAUGAAGACUCGGUUUACGGUGUUCCGAUGGGGUUGAUGCCGGACAUAAAAGAUGAAAACUCAAGGUCACCUAAAAACCGAGAUUCAAUUGUGACGUCCCACAGCCGACACAGACGAUCGGCGUCGCAGAUUCGGCAGCGAGCGCAAAAGAUCAAAGAAGAAACGUUGAUUCUUACGACUGACGAUGAGACGCUUUCGGAAUUGAAAAUGGGGAAAUUCUGGACGAAGCAAGAAAGAAAAAGACAGUUUUUGGUAGCUAAGGAGCAUAAGCAACGUCGUUAUAUGAUGGAACGAAGUCGCGCAUUAUACCGCGACAUCCAAAACGCCAAGAAACUGGGAAGCAAUGGUAGCGGUUCCGGAAACGAUGGCAACACAGGUAACGACAAGGUCUUCUCGACAAUGUCUAAGAAGGAACUGAAAGAGAAGAAAGAGAAAAUUCUGGACAAUUUUUGGACCAUCCAAGAACUGCUGGCGCACGGGGGUAGAAUGUCAGACGGCUCUUUACACCCGCUACUAUCCGUCACAACUGUGUGAACAAUUUUUUUUGAACUGAAAAGAAGGAACUGUGAACUUAAUUCCUGAUAAUUCUGAAUUUAAUUUGUUGAUAAACUCGAUUGACUAACCAUUUUUAAAAUGGGCUUAAUAUUGUACAUUUAAAAUUUAAUUUCAAGUUUAGGUUUUCGAUGUUUUUUUCUCCGUACUCGGGCCACGU